GUUGCUUUGCCCCAGGAAGAACCUCCUGCUUGUUAUGUAAAGCUGACUUUAUACAAGAGAUACUGUACGGAGAGCUGUAUUGUCAGGACUGCGAUGGGAACCGACUCUCCUUUUUUGUUGGCUGCAGUGUCUCUUCUGUCUGCCCUGCACAUGGGGUACCUGGCCCAGAGAGUGGGUUGGUCCAGGAUGGCCCACAAGGUCCUGCCUCCCUCUGUCACUGGACCUCCAGAGUUUGAGAGGACUUUCCGCGCACAUCAGAACUGUGUGGAGUGUUACCCAGUGUUCCUGGUGACACUGUGGACCUGCGGGAUGUUCUUCAGUGAGUGGACUGCAGCUGCAGUGGGACUGGUGUACAUAAUCGCCCGACAGAUAUAUUUCAACGGAUAUGUCAAGUCCACCAAGAAAAGGUUACCUGGUUUUUACCUGACGUUGGCUGUCUUUGUCACUCUGUCCCUGCUGGGUUUGAUUGGAAUACUGCGUGGAAUACUUCACAAGUACCUCCACAUCCACCUCUGAAGACCUCUGAACAACCAAUUAAAUAAUAGGCCAAUGAAAAGAACUAGGAUUGUUCAUGGGUUUGCAACUCCAGUGUCAAUGUAGUUCAUAAUACAAUACAUACACUGUGGAAUAUUACUCUCCUGCACAGUGGCUCCUUAAAUGUGGUCUUCACAUUUUAUUAAUUAAAGGUUGACUAAUGAAAUAAAAUG